AUGAGGUUCACAACCCUUUCGCGCAUAUCUGCGCGCCCAUCUCCGCAUCCUCCGCAUCUCCAUCUCCGACCACGACAUCUCCAACUGCAGACAAAGCUAUUCCCCCGCCACUCCUCCUCCUCGCACAAGCUUCCCAACAUCCCCAUUUUCCAAGCAAUCAAGGAUCAUGACCCCAACAGUCUAGCUGUAAUCCACAGCCUCAGCCGUCGCACUUUCACCUACGGAAAUCUGAUCGGCGAUGUCCUCCGCGCCCGCGAAGAUCUGCGCCGCAAAGCCGGGCCCAAUCUGGCCGGCGAGCGCAUCGGCUUUUUGGCUGAGAAUAGCUAUGCUUAUGUUGGUAUGUUUAUUCUCGCAGUACCUUACUGGUCUGCACGCACUGCACGCACUGCACUGCACUGCCAUGCCCUACUCUAUGCCCUCACUCUACUAACACUCGCAGUGACAAUGCUAUCAAUCUUCGCCAGCAAUGCAAUCGCCCUCCCACUAUCCCCCGCAUUCCCAACCAGUGAACUGCAAUAUAUAAUGGACAAUUCCUCCGCAAAAGUCCUCCUCGCCACGGAAAAAUAUGCCGAGAAAGCAGACCAAGUGGUUGUCUUGGGAUUAGCGCGCGAGCCAGUCUUUGAUAUUCGCUCCAAGUUGACUACCGGCGCUGAUCCGACUGAAUCAGCCAAGCUGGAAUUGGAGCCGGAGUCUGAGUCCGAUAAAUUGGACCCGACUAUUUCUGGGAUGAUGCUGUAUACUUCUGGGACUACGAAUCGGCCGAAAGGCGUCCUAAUCCCCGAAUCCGCCCUCGCCGCCCAAGCACGAUCACUCCUCCAAGCCUGGGAAUACACACCACAGGACCGCCUCCUCCACCUCCUCCCACUCCACCACAUCCACGGCGUCGUAAACGCAAUAAUAACACCCGUCUUCGCCGGCUCAUCCAUCGAAUUAAUGUACCCCUUCAACACAGACGCCGUCUGGAAACGACUAGCAGAGCCAUUCCUGCAACCCAGUAGCAGCGGCGGCAGCAACACUCCCACCGCAUCAAAAAUCACCUUCCUAACCGCCGUGCCAACAGUCUACAACCGCCUAAUGACCUCCUACCCAACUCAACCAGCCACCAUCCAAAAAGCAGGCCAAGAAGCCAUUUCCCCACAAACCUCCGCCUCAACAUCUCCGGCUCCGCAGCCCUCCCCACACCAACGAAAAGGAAACGUCCUCCUCGAACGUUUCGGAAUGACAGAAGUCGGGAUGGCGCUUAGUUGCGGCCUUAGCAAGAAUGAUCGUGUCGAUGGGAGUGUGGGGUGGGCUUUACCGGGUGUGGAGGCGAGGCUUGUUGAUACGGAGACUAAUGAGGUUAUUCCGGAUGGGGUGGAGGUUGAUGAUUGUGGCAGACCUGUUGAGGGGGAGAUUCAGUUACGGGGCGAGACGGUUUUUCAUUCUUAUUGGGGAAAUGAGAGUGCUACGAGGGAGAGUUUUGUUGAGGACGGGCCGGGGUCAGGGCAAGGUAAGCCCUGGUUUAAGACUGGGGAUGUUGCUAGUCGGAGACUUGUUGAUGGUGCGGGCAAGGGGGAGAGUGGUGAAUGGGCAAAGGGUCCGAUGUAUUUCAUUUCCGGACGGAAGAGCGUGGAUAUAAUUAAAUGUGGCGGGGAGAAGAUUAGUGCUCUUGAGGUGGAGAGGGAGUUACUUUCUCUACCCCAAAUCACCGAAGCAGCCGUCGUCGGCCUUGCGCACGAACAAUGGGGUCAGAAGAUCGCCGCCGUGGUGGUGUUACACCCAGACGCAGCGAGUAGUGGGCGAAAUGGAAAGUCCUGGGGCCCCAUGGAUAUGCGGAGGGCGUUGAAGGAUCGGUUGGCUGGAUAUAAAAUUCCACAGGAGAUGAAGGUUUUGGAGAGUAUUCCCCGCAAUGCGAUGGGGAAGGUGAAUAAGAAGGCUUUGAUUAAGGAGGUUUUUGGGUGA